GACGAAUUUGAAAAUUUAGGCUAAACUUUUCAAAAUGUGCCAACCGUGACUGAGCUUCUUUUAGAAACAAGAGGAAACCUGGGGCAAAUCUCACCUCACAGUAGUCUGUGAGAGAAGCUAUAUUGUCCCCAGUAACGAUCCCACAAGUGACUGCUAGAUGAGACUCGCCCCAGCUUUCUUCUCGUUUCUAAAGUGGCGUUUGAGCAGUGGCUCUUUUCGUCACCUGGUCGAUCAAAAAUGAAAUAAGUAAAAGACAAAGGCAAGCACUGUCACGUGAAAACUGGGGACUGUCUUUUUUCACAUUUUAAAUAUUUUCCCUUUUUCUGCGACGAAGUAAAGGAAAGAGCCAAUGCUCGUGGUCUAUUAUUUCCAGAUGGGUAGCUCUGGUAUUGUUGCCAUUUCUGAGUUGCCCUGUGCCUCUGUUUCAAACCGAGUCUUCGUGCAACCUUUCUUAUGAAAAUGAGUUUGAUUUGCAUGAAAAUGAACCUGAACGCGGAACAUAGAAUUAUUUUGAAUAAAGUUAAGUACCGCAUCUUUCUAUGAAGUUCUAAAACAUUUUCUAAAACUGAUAUCAGUGCGGUUUUGGAGGGAAAAAACAGCUCCAUGCAAUCCCUUUACUCACUCUAUUUCCUUAUACAACAUGGAAAUUAAAGUUAUCUUCACUUCCUGUGUAAAAUAAACUUUCUUAGGGAGGUAUAAAUUAGUAUUGGCACGAAUCCAAAAAAUCUGACAAAACAAAGAAACACGUCACACUGCGUUUCAGUAACUUGUCAAUCUAGUAGUCUAGCAGUGAUUCAAAUCGGUAGCCUCGUGGUUGUGGCAUGAAUGCUCAAUCAGUUGGCUAAGCAUCGAAUCCUGUUCUCACGAUCACAGACGCUUGCAGUUAGAUUUUGGGCGCUUCUCUCUCCACAUUUCGAAGUUUCUGUGAUUUUUCAGUCCGAUCAACGGUGUGGAAAAUAGUCUUCGGGCAACAGAAAUUUGCUCAGGAGAAAAGCAAUCGUUCAUCACAGAGCAAACAUGGCGGGAAAACAACAGUGGAGAACCCUCCAAGAACCAGUUGAUUAUCAACAGCAACGAGAUCACUUUCCACUCCUACCAAGAGGAAACCAACAUGAACAAGCAGGUAAUCAACCUCCACAAGCAAGUUAUCAACCACAACAAGGAAGUUACGCGCCUCAACAAGCACGUUAUCUACCUCAACAAGGAGGCUACCCACACCAAGAAGCAAGCUAUCCGUUUCAGCAAGGCUACCCGCCUCAACAAGCUGGUUACCCACCUUGGCAAGCAACCUACCAACCUCAAGAAGCAGGUCAUGCACCACAUCAAUCACAGCUUUCGCCACAGCAACAAGCAGUCAUACACCAGCAGCCGAGCGGUAUGGAAACUACAGAUAGCGUGAUAUUCGGCGAGUCGUCCGUCAGGACGGUUUGUCCGCAUUGUCAGAUGACGGUUGUCACCGACACACACACUGUACCGGGCUUCAAAGCAUGGCUGUGCUUGCCUUUGUUGUGCGCCCUGUUUGGUUGUCUCGUUUGCUGCUGUUUGGACGAGUUUAUGGAUGUCGUCCAUACUUGCCCGUUUUGCAAGAAUAAAAUCGCCACUUACGAGCAACCACUUUAGAAGAUAACAGUGAGAAAAAACUAACUUAAGGACCGUUUUACACAUUGAUGAACACUUUCGAUGUAACUGCCGCAGUUUCACUAACUCAGAUUUAGACAGGAAGAGAUAUCUGCAUGAGUUUUUAUAGAUUAACUCAGUUUGGACCUGUUUGUGAUUAGUAUUUCUAUUUUUAUUUGUGCUAUUUUCAAUUCGCCUACAUUCAACUUGGAAGCACAGCUUCUUUGCAAGUAAGUCUUAGCUUCAGGAAUUCUGUUCCUAAUAAAGUAUUUGAUUUGAUUUGAAUUCAUUUGAUUUGAUUUGACGUUACAGAGGGUAUAUUUUAGUAAUGUUGGCAUUCCUUAGUCGGAUUAACAAGAUAACAAUUCAACAUAACCAGCAGAAUAACGAUUGAAACCAAAGAUGAUCAUACACUCUAGGCACGGUUUACUGACUGUCAGUCCUUUUCAUCUCCUAUUAGGAAUAAUUCGCUACGACAACACCGUUGUAAGAUUCCCCAUUUUAAAGAUUCCCCAUUCCCGUUCCCCGUUCCCCGUACCCCGUUCCCCGUUCCCCGU